AGAUAGUAAUUAGAUUCUAAUUAUUAUUUAUUGAAAAAUAUGAUAAAUCGGGAAUUACGUUUACCCCACGUAUAUGUUAGAGUGGUUUGUUUUCGUAUUCCAAACACUAUGAUGAAGCCUUAUCAUGUGUUAUCAAAAUCUAUCAGUUAACAAAUGUAAAACGUUCAACAAAAUGAUAAAAGUUUAAGAACAAACUUAUUUUAUAAAGUACAAUUUUGAGUUCAUCAUGAAUGACAAUAAUUCUGGAUCAAGCAGGAUAUUGCAUGAAGAAAACACACCAGAAGAUACUUUGCAUGUCAAAAAAAUUGGAGCUACUGAUGAAGAAGAAACUGUAUUAGAUCAUACUUUAACUAUAAAACCUCCUCAAGCUAGAGUUCAUAAAUCAAGGCAUAAAACUGCGAGUCAUAAACAUUCCAGAGAUCCAACAAAAAAACAUCAGUCAAGACAUUCAGAAAAAAGAAAACACAGACAUGCCAGGGAUGAUGAUCUUUCUCUUAGAAAUAAAAGAACCAAGAAAGAAGAUGAUUAUUAUUAUAACUUGAAUUCUAGAAAUUUAGAUAGGACCGAAAAUGAAGAUUGGGAUCAUUUUAAAAAAAGGAGUACUUACAAUCAUGACAAAUAUUCAAAACAUGAUAAAUAUCCUAGAGAAGAUGGACUGAAAGAAAAUGAUUUGAGAAAUUUGUUACAAAAAAAGAAAAUGGCAAAAGAAGAGAGAUAUCGUUCCUCAGACUAUAAACAUAAUUAUCUAUCAAAAGAAAUUAACAAUAUUGACAUCAGAGAAGCACAUGCUAAAGCAAAAAAACAACAAGAAGAAGAUAGAGAUACUAAUCGCAAACAUAGGGAACGGGACCAAUAUAUUGAACAGUAUUAUAAAAUGAUUGAUAGACCCAGGCCAGAUGUUGUACCAGAUUUAGUAGUGCUGUCAAAUGAAUCUUCUUCUGAAUCUGAUGAAGAAAGAGAAGAAGAAGAUAGAGAAAAUGAAGAAAAAAACAAAAAAUCUAAACCUGAAGAAGAUUCUCUAACUCCACCUCUUGAGCAAGCUAAUGUAGUCACAGUUAACAGUGAAUCAGAUGAGUCUGACCGAGAAUCUGGAGAAGAAACAGAUAGUUCUGGAUCAUCUACUUCAUCUUCUAAAAGUUCACAAUCAAGUGAAAAGUCCGAUGAGAGUAGAAAUAACUCUGUUAAAGAAGAGUCUAAAUCUCCUGAAGUGGAUACUGAAGUGCAAAUGGAUAUUCCACUGGAAAAAAAUUCAUCACCGCCAUUGUUACAUAAAGAAUAUUUACCUGCUUUACAAGGUUGUAGAAGUGUUGAAGAAUUUCAAUGCUUAAACAGAAUUGAAGAAGGGACUUAUGGUGUUGUUUACCGAGCUAAAGAAAAACAGACAAAUGAAAUUGUUGCUUUAAAGCGCUUAAAAAUGGAAAAAGAAAAAGAAGGGUUUCCUAUUACUUCUUUAAGAGAAAUUAGUACACUGUUAAAAUCACAGCAUGACAAUAUAGUGACUGUUAGAGAAAUUGUAGUUGGUAGUAAUAUGGAUAAAAUUUUUAUCGUUAUGGAUUAUGUAGAACAUGAUAUGAAAUCUUUAAUGGAAACAAUGAGACAAAAAAAACAAUCAUUUACAGCGGGUGAAGUAAAAUGUUUAAUGCAACAACUACUUUCAGCUGUAGCACAUCUACAUGACAAUUGGAUUUUGCAUAGAGACUUGAAAACAUCAAAUUUGCUUUUAAGCCACAGAGGCAUUUUGAAAGUAGGUGAUUUUGGUUUAGCAAGAGAAUAUGGAUCUCCACUAAAAGCAUACACACCAGUUGUCGUUACAUUAUGGUACCGUUCACCUGAAUUACUUUUAGGCGACAAAGAAUAUUCAACACCAAUUGAUAUGUGGUCAGUUGGUUGUAUAUUUGCCGAGUUUCUCUUAAUGGAACCAUUAUUCACUGGUAAGUCUGAAUAUGAUCAAGUGAAAAAAAUUUUCUCCACUUUUGGCACACCAAAUGAAAAAAUUUGGCCCGGAUAUUCUAAUUUGUGUAUGGUAACAAAAUUGUCACUACCUGAUUAUCCUCCUUCUAAUUUCAAAGGAAGAUUCUUAAAAGAGGGUGUCUUAACAGAUAUAGGAUAUGAUAUACUUAAAAAAAUGCUUACAUAUAAUCCAGCUACGCGAAUAACAGCAGAAGAAGCUCUUCAACAUAAAUAUUUUUUAGAAUUACCACUAUCUAUUGACCCGGCAAUGUUUCCAACUUGGCCAGCUAAAAGUGAAGGAGGCACUCGCAAAGCAGCUGCUAGUCCUAAACCACCAUCUGGAGGUAGAGAUUAUAAACAACUUAAAGAAGAUGAAGGAUUCCAUUUAGGAAAUAAUUUAGCACGACUCCCUCCUGCUCCAGCUUUUAGUCUUAAGUUUUGAUAAAAUUAUUUUAAUAAGGUAUUUCAAUUAAUAUAAAUCAUUUUUUUUUAUGUACAAAAUGUAAUUAUUAUGUGUAUAAUAUAUGAGUAUGAAAUAGGA